CUGCUGUCAUAUGACUUCCAUUUCCUGGUACAGUCGGUCUCUAGUCAUCUGCUGCUCACUGAGCGUCCUUCUGGACUGUUUUCAUUCUCUUUCCUGCGAUUGAAGACCAAACCAAACGGCGACAAUGUCCAGACACUCUGCAGUUGUUGGACUGUUUCUCUCAUUUGGAAUCGCGAUCCAACUGUCGCAUGGAAUUGAGGUGAAUGUCCUGCAAGAAGAUGGCCAGUUGUGCCUCUAUGCCAACCUGAUGCUCAACUUCUCUGUCACCUACCAAGGUGACGGCGAACAGUUUCAGACUGUGGUUUUCCCACUUCCCGAUUAUGCCUCAUCCGAGGAAAGUAAAUGUGAGGAGACGAGCUCCACCCUGAAGCUGAAGUUUGGUGAUGGACACUAUUGGAGUGUGAACUUUACCUUAAAUGAAGAUAGUUACCAGGCAGACACCAUAACCUUUUCCUACGAUCUGGAGGACGUCCAGUUAUUUCCCAAUUCAGCAUCAGAUGAAAUUGUCACUGUGACCCAGAAGGCUCAAAUUUCAGAGAUUGACUUAAACACCUGCUACUCUUGUAAAAGUCAGGACAUAAUCCAAGCAGAAGGAACCACCAUGACGCUGUGGAACGUCCUCAUCCAGGCCUUCAUCCCUGAUGGCAGGAUGAGUCAGGACAUAACCCUUUGUGCUGCAGAUGCUGUCACAACCACUGCUCCAACUACCACAAGCACAACAACCACCGCUCCAACUACCACAAGCACAACAACCACCGCUCCAACUACCACAAGCACAACAACCACCGCUCCAACUACCACAAGCACAACAACCACCGCUCCAACUACCACAAACACAACAACCACCGCUCCGCCUGUCACAAACACAACAACCACCGCUCCGCCUACCACAAACACAACAACCACCGCUCCGCCUGUCACAAACACAACAACCACCGCUCCGCCUGUCACAAACACAACAACCACCGCUCCACCUACCACAACUAGCCCGACACCGACCCUGCCCCCACCGAGCACUGGGAAGUACAACCUCACAACUCCCAACAAUACAGUGUGCCUGUUGGCGAGCUUUGCUGUGCGGAUCAGUUUCACCCAAGCUGGGAAAAACGAGGAGAUGAAUCUGGAUCCAGCUGUCACCAAAGCCUCUGGACAGUGUGGAGAGAACAGCAGUGAGCUGGAGUUGGUGUCUGAUCAGAUGACGCUGACGCUGGCAUUCACAAAUGACGCAAAGAAAUUCCGUCUGCAAGCUCUGAACGUCACCUUAAAGACCAGCUCAGGAGUGUUUGCUGACGGAAACGCCAACCUGAGUCUGUGGGAGGCGGCCAUCGGCACCUCCUACAUGUGCAACAGAGAACAGAACUUCAACAUCACCAACAUGCUCAGUCUCUACACCUCCAACCUGCAAGUGCAGCCCUUUGAGGUGAAGAAGGAUGCUUUCAGCACAGCACAUGAAUGUUCAUUGGAUGACACCAGCAUCUUAAUCCCAAUCAUUGUUGGCGCUGCUCUGGCUGUCUUGAUUCUCAUUGUAGUGAUCGCUUAUGUGAUUGGUCGAAGAAAGACCUAUGUGGGAUAUCAGACCCUCUGAGUUCACUCUUUAAUUGUCCCUGAAUGUCACAAGGGUUCCCAAGCUUUGGUCUGAAAGUACAUUUGUUUAAUUGGCUGUUUUAUAAACUAAAAAUCAAAUCAAAUGUGGAUUUAGGUGUAAAAUGAAAAUAAAAGAAAAACAGAAGUAGACUUAAAUAUCUGUCAGUAUUUAAGCUACUAUUGGUAAAGUACCAUGAACCACAUUUUAAAAUCAUUUUUGGUAUCCAUUCAGCCACUAAUGUGUAGCUGCUCUUUAUAUGGACCAAACUUGCUUAACCCCUAUGAUUUGUUUGCAUUUCAUUCCCUGUAUGUGGCUUGUUUCCAUUUUUUUUGUUUGUUUUUUGUUAAUGGGCAAGUGCAAGAUCCUGAAAAACCACACAAUCACACUAAUUCUGUUGAUCAGUGUGCAAUAUGUACAGUGUGCAGAUCAGUACCACCUGGAAAUUUAAAACAAAAUGUAAUUAAGCAAAGUUUUCUUGUUCACAAAAAGGUGUAAUUCUCUGUUUUUCUGUCGGAUCCUGUGCUUGUUCAGCAGACAAUUUGACUUUUUGUUUUUGUCGUCUCCACAAUUAUGAAGAUGUAUUUAAAGAUUUCGACAGCACAAAGCAGCUUUCUGUCUUUGUUGUUUGGAAUUCAUGAACAAGGGGUUGAGGAGGUUCCUGUAGAUCAGGAGAAACCCUGGAGUUAGGGUCAGAUUUAAUGUAGAGGAUGAUAUUCAGUCGUGCGUCACUUGAGAGAAAAACGCAGUUGAAGUGUAGCUAAAGUGGCUGAUUUAGGCAAGAAAGCCAAAAGCUUGUUGGUGAUUUCAUCUGUGCAACUCCUGCUGUUGUGCAGAUUUAUAGGUAGAUCUAAAGGAGAGGUAAAGAUUGACCUUCUUUUUUUGUAAAGAAAACCCGUUGGCAUUAGUUUUAGAAAAGGGACAGUACUUUGUAGAUCUUUGCAGCACAGAGACACUGAUCUGAAGAGAUUUACAUGCAAAUGCACUAAGACACUCUUACCUUACUCGCUCUUUUCUCACCUGGUUAAAGACGUGGCCCCCGCCAGGUAGCAGAUAAAAACAAAACAAAAAGAGCGGGAAAACCUGCUGCAGUAUGAGAAACGAUCAAGAUUAAGAUGAUCUGGACACCAUUUCCAUGACAACCCAGUUACAAGGGGUUCAUGUCACUGAUCAGCUGGUGACGGCCAUCCUGAAAUGGGAUGGCGUCUCCUGCUGUGUUCAGCAACAAAAUAAAAGAAAUUCUAGAAGUUUUGUGUCAGGAAAUGAGAUCAGUGAUCAGGGAUGGCGAGCCAAAAAAUGAUUGACACAGUAUGAUCUCCAUAGAAACUGUAGCAGGGUGCUGAGUUUUAAUGGCACCAAUCCAGGUCUUGUUGACAUUAAAUGUUUGCAGUUUUGAAGUUGCUGAUAUAAAAAAAAAACUAAAAAAAAAACAAGCUUUCCCAGGUUGUUAUACAUGUGUUUGUGUAAUUGUUUCUAAUCAAAUACAAGCUUUGAUUUUUCUUUGUAAUUGAGAUUGUGUAUUUCUGCUUUGCAAAUGCUCACCUGCCUUAAUUACUACGAUGGUCCUGCAGCAUGAGUGAUAGUCUUGAAUUUGUAAAAUCUCUCUUAUUUUCCAUCUAAGAGGUUUGUCCUGCUAACGUUGUUGUUUUUUGUGCAUUCAUUAACUUAUUCUUGUGUAUUUGGCUCAUCGUUUUAUUUCCUCCAAAACUUGUGGAGGAAACUGCACAAGGGUUUGACAAAGGGAAGCUGCGCUGCAAGACCAUCCAUGUUCAUGUGUGAUACAGAGACGAAUGAUUUCAUCUGCUUUCUCUCAUGCUGAUAGCUGUAAUAAAUUGGAUAACAAUUUGUCUUUGGAGUGUUUUAAUAUUUUCUUUGAAAAUAAAAAGAUUUAAAAAGAAAAAAA